AUGGUGUUGGAAGCUUCUAUGAUCGUUGUUGACAACAGCGAAGCUAGUCGGAACGGCGAUUACGUACCCUCACGAUGGGAGGCACAACAGGAUGCUGUCAACAUGAUCUUCUCUGCCAAGACCGGCGCGAAUCCAGAGUCUUCUGUUGGCCUGAUGAGCAUGGGAGGCAACACGCCGGAGAUCCUCACGACGCUGACAACCGACAUUGGCAGAGUGCUUGAUGGACUGCACAGGACAAAGAUAAAGGGCAGCUCACAUUUCGUCACGGGCAUCAACGUGGCGGCGUUGGCCCUCAAGCACAGGCAGAACAAGUCGCAGAAGCAGCGGAUAGUCAUGUUCAACUGCAGUCCCAUCGAAGAAGACGAGAAGAACCUAGUCAAGCUGGCAAAGAAGAUGAAGAAGAGCGGUAUCAGCAUCGACAUCAUCGCAUUCGGCGAACUGAGUGACGACACCACGCGGAAACUCCAGGCCUUCAGCGAGAACGUACAGAGCGCCGAGGGCUCCCACCUGGCCAUCAUUCCACCCAGCGCAAACCUCCUCAGCGAUUCGCUAAUCACCACACCUAUAGUUGGCGGAGAAGGCGCAUCUAACGCUGGAGGCGACAACGGUUCGGGCGGUGGCGGCGGUCCGUCGGGCGGCAACGACUUCGAGUUUGGAGUAGACCCUUCAGUCGAUCCCGAACUUGCACUUGCGCUCAGGAUGUCUUUUGAAGAAGAAAAGGCACGGCAGGAGAAGGACAAGAAGGCAAAGGAAGCUGCGGAGGGCAAAUCGGAGCUGGAGCCUGUUGCUGAGGGCGAUGAGAAGCAACCACUGCUAGACAGUCACGGUCAACCUAGCGGAAGUGGCAGCAAGGACAAGAAGAAGGACGACGAUGCGGACAAGAUGGAUACGGCAUGA